GCUUUACGGCGCCGCGCGACAGUUCCCGGUGCUGUGCCCUCAGCUCGCCAUGGCGUCGGGCAGCGGGACCAAGAACCUGGACUUCCGUCGCAAGUGGGACAAGGAUGAGUAUGAGAAACUCGCGGAGAAGCGGCUCACAGAGGAGAGAGAAAAGAAAGAUGGCAAACCAGCUCAGCCUGUCAAAAGGGAACUUCUGCGGCACCGGGACUACAAAGUGGACCUGGAAUCCAAGCUGGGGAAAACCAUUGUCAUCACCAAAACUACCCCUCAGUCAGAGAUGGGAGGGUAUUACUGUAAUGUAUGUGACUGUGUGGUGAAAGAUUCCAUCAACUUCUUGGAUCACAUCAAUGGCAAGAAACACCAGAGGAAUCUGGGCAUGUCCAUGCGGGUGGAGCGUUCCACACUGGACCAGGUGAAGAAACGCUUUGAGGUGAACAAGAAGAAGAUGGAGGAGAAGCAGAAGGAUUAUGACUUUGAGGAGAGGAUGAAAGAACUCCGUGAGGAGGAGGAGAAGGCCAAAGCCUACAAGAAGGAGAAGCAGAGAGAGAAGAAGAGGCGGGCGGAGGAAGAUUUGACCUUUGAAGAGGAUGAUGAAAUGGCAGCUGUGAUGGGUUUCUCUGGUUUUGGCUCAACCAAAAAGAGCCACUGAGCAGCUCUGGACUCUCCUCUUUCUCUAAACAGCUUGUUUUUACCCAGGGAACUCUGGAUAACUCUUCAAAGACUUGAUUGAGGACUUGUAUGUAAAUCUCCCAGUAGAAGUUGGCUGGAAGAGUUGAAAAGCGAUUCCAUGCUCUACCUGUGCUGCAGAUCAAGCUCUGUCUCUCAUUAACUUCCCUUCUCCUUGUGUGUCCUAGAUCUGGCUGCUCAGCUGCUCUGUGGCCGUGUGUGUGCAGGGAAGUGCUCUGUUGGGUACAUUUUUUUGUCAAUAAAGUGCACAUUCUGCACAGGUGGCCUGGUUCAGGAUUAAUCUAGUUGUCAACCAGGCCCUACUUGUCACCCAAGCUGUGUUUGAGAUACUGGGAGGGAUUCAGUUGCUUUUAGGUUCAUAAUGAAGGAAAUGUGCCACAGCAAGUAGUGUGAGAGGUGCAUCUUUAUGGUUUGUGCUGAGCAGAGCUGGUGGCUGCAUGGAGUCUGGGUUGCUGAAACUUUCCUGUUUGUUUUAUCUGCAAGGGAGACUUCCCUCUUUUUCUUUGUGUUUUAUCCCAUAAUUUCAGUAUCGUUAAGGUAGGGGAGAAAUUUCUCCCCAUGACUGGUCUAGGAUAGAGCCAAUGAAAGAAAGGUGUGUACAAUUUGCCAGAAAUAAAUGGAACGUUUUAAUUGGCCCUUUGGUGGGGGUUUGAUGCCUUCUUUAUUUUGAGAGCUUCUGUUUCCCACGGAGAAGAGCUGCUGGUGUCUCUCAGCAGCACAGAGCUGGGGUGGCCUUCUGGGGACCCCAAUGGUGGCAGAGGAGAGGUGUGUGCCCUCCCCUCCUGGCUCACUCCCAGCUGCCCUAGACAGGCCAUUGCCAUCAGUCUUGGCUUUUUUAAGUAAUUCUGGAGAUGGGUGUAAGAAUAUGGAAGGGGAAGGGAGUUCAGGGCUGGGGACCUUCAUUCCCAUCAGGCAAUCCAAGACAGGCUGGGCUGUGUUCCAGAUUUUACCAGCCUUAGUAUAUUAAGGGCCAUUUUUUUCCUGUCUACUGGCUGUCAGUGUCUUUUCACCUCUGCCUUCCCCUAAAUCCACUUCAUUUCUGCUUUUAUUUACCUCAGUCAAACCUUGUGUGACUCAUUUCCGUCUGCAGUUAGGAUUUAUAUUUUGCAUGGCUGGGUUUUCGUAGCUCUGUCUCGCUCUCCUCUCUCUUUUUAUGUAUAUUGAUGAAAUCCUUGUGCUUGCCCUUCUCCGUGCUCGUAUGAAAUUUCCAGCCUGGGGAAGGCUGCAGUGUUUAGCCUGCUCUUUCUAAUACAUCUAGAACAAAUCCUG